UCCUAUGCUCCAGACAAUAGGAGUUGCUCUAAACCCUGCAGUCCCAUACGUGGGCUCCUCAAAGCAGGCUUUGCCCCGGGGACAUCCCCAGCUUCUAGAACUGGCUCUGCACACAGUAGAUAAUGAGACAAUAACAGUGGAGUCUAUAGAAACUGCACUGCCCAAGGUCACAGUGCCCAAGGUCAUGGUGCUUGGAAACUGCAGGACUAGGACCCGCCCUCCCGGAGAGAUGAAGAUUGCCAGCUCCAUCUUCCCCUGUGAGGCCUGUGUUUCUGCACUGGCUCCUGACGCAGGAACUGACAUUUCAUGCCUGGAUAUGACGGCGGCUCCAGGCCCAGAACAAGAUGCUCUCGGGUGGGUAUGGGCUGGUUCUAUGGCCGAGGAGUCGUUCACCGCUGCUCGGCGUCUGCUCGGAAGCCCGUGGUCCCCAGGUCAGCUGGCUCCUCUAGAGGGUCAGCCUCUCGCUGAGGACAAUGCGGAGGCUGUUGGCUUUGCCUGCGGAAGGCGACGGGAGGCGUCCCAGUACCGCCUGGCGCUGGGCUGA